UUCGAAAGAAUAGUGAAAGAACGUGAACAUUUAUUUUUUUUAAAAUAUUGCUUAGAUUGAUUCAAGUUUGAAAUUAAUGGUAACAGAUAAAUAUCAUAUAUUAGCUGCAAGAACUUUGAUAACAAAAAGGAUAAUUGCAUAAUUGUACAGAACUAUGCAGUUGUUUAGGAAAGUAACAGUUCUUCUUCUUGGUGUAUAUUUAAUUAGUUGUGCAAGUUCAACAAAAGAUCUUGAUCGUUUGAAGGCAAGAGUCAAACAUUUAGAAACAAGACUGAACUCCGAAUCUAAAUUCAGAGACGAAGAUUUUGCUGAAAUAACAGAACGACUUGACGACAUAGAUAAAGUGUUAAAUGCGACCAUUGGAAAAGAACAGAUCAUUCCUUCGAUGGUGAAUAAAGCUAGUAAUAUUGACUUUGAAACAGUGUAUGCAUUGAAAGAGGAUUUCACGAGACUUAGGACUGCCUUUACCGAGGAAAAGUCUGAGACUGUAAGGUUUCGACGGGAAAUUCCGAAGAUUCAAAGCAAUUUGAUAUCCCUUAAUGAAAAUGUUAACACUUAUUGCAAAGUAUCUUUAAAUAAUACUGAUCAAUUAUUAACAAGCUUUGAAACUGUCAAACAGGUGGCUGUAGAAAAUAUAUUAACAUCUGAAAACGACCGUAAAAUGUUACAAAUUAUGGCUGAACAGGUACAACUAAACACUUACAAUGAUAAUGAAAUGGCUAAAGAAAUUAAAAACAUUAAAACACUUGUAACUAAUUUAUUCUCGCACAUCGACUCCUUACAUUUGGGUAAUUCCUGUCGCUCGAUAAGUCAUAUGAGUAAAAUCGAAAAUGGAAUAUACAAAUUGGAAAAGGGGUUUCAAGUGUACUGUGACCAAACUACAGACAGCGGGGGCUGGAUAGUAUUUCAAAGAAGACUGAAUGGUAAAACAGAUUUUUAUCGCAACUGGGCUGAGUAUAAGAACGGCUUUGGUGAUCUAGAUGAUGAGUUCUGGCUUGGCAAUGAUCAUUUGAGUCUACUGACAUCAGAUGGAGAACACGAACUCCGGGUAGAGAUAGAAGAUUUUGAGGGAAACAGUGCAUAUGCUAAGUACAGUAAGUUCAAGAUAUAUCCGGAAGAAGACAAUUACAAACUGGAGGUGAGCGGAUACAGCGGAACUGCUGGAGAUUCUCUUGCCUAUAAUAAUGGAAUGAUGUUCACAACGUAUGACAGAGAUCAAGAUACAAACCCGAACAAUUGUGCGAAAACAUAUCAUGGUGCGUGGUGGUAUAAUAAUUGCCACGAUUCAAAUCUCAAUGGACGGUAUUAUAACCAGUCUUGCAAAAAAGAUGCUACUGGAAUUACCUGGUAUCGUUGGAAGAAGAAUUACAUAUGUUUGAAAAAAGUAGAAAUGAAAUUCCGUUAACUUGAUAAACAGGGUAUUAUCACCCUUAUAAAACUGAUAAAUUAAUACAUGUGUAUUUCUUUCGAUAUGUAAAAUUAAAAAAAAAAACAUGUUUACUGCGACAGCUGAUCAAGAAAUAUAAUGUGAACACGCAUA